GACAGAGCAGCUGACACACAGAUCUGGCUGCUUAGCUGUCAGGCUUAAGGAUGGCUCCUAGCAACAGCUGCGUGGUCCACAUGGCGGAGGACCGGUUGCUGGUGAAGGAGAAGAACAAGUUGAGGAAGCCGGUGGUGGAGAAAAUGCGCCGUGACCGGAUUAACAGCAGCAUUGAGCAGCUGAAGGUCUUGCUGGAGAGAGAAUUCCAGAGACACCAGCCGAACUCCAAGCUGGAGAAAGCCGACAUCUUAGAAGUGGCCGUCAGUUACCUGAAGCAGCAGCGUCACAUGCAGGGCCAAGCAUUCAGCCACAAGAGUCCCGAACUUGAUUUUAACACUGGCUACCUGCGUUGCUUGAGGGAAGCCAUGUAUUUCCUCUCCUUCUGUGAACCCAAGAGGGAAACCCAGGCCCGGCUGAUUAAGCACUUCUGCAAAGUCCAUGUGAUUGCAGACGGCGUGCGCCCCCCGGCAACUUCUGCCCCCUCUGCAAUGUGCUGCCUGCCGCCAUCUUCUUGCCCCCCACCCAAGAAACAGUCUACUAACAAGAGCCCACCGGUGCCGGCGGCUGCCGCCAUCUGGAGACCGUGGUAG